AUGAUGCUGCUGGUGGUUUUGACCUCUGCUGUGUCUGGAAAAUCACCAGAGCAGAGAAGCUCUUCAAGAGAUUUCUUGCAUGCACUGCUGAAGUUUGUCUCGCCUUGCGAAUUCACAGUGUCGCUACAGGAAGUGGAGUUCGACUUCGCCUUGGAUGCAGACGCCCAGAUCGACCUUCGGGAAUUGCUGGGGUCUGACUCCUGGCGGCAAUGUCUGGCAGGCAAGAGAAGCCCUUUCCAGAAAAAGUUCAAGGAGAGAGAACAAAACCUCUGCGAUGUCCUCUGUUGCCUUCGCCUUGUCGAAAGACAUCAUGACCUGCUGCGGCAGCUGCUCCUUCGUCUUGCUGCUCGAGUCGAGAUCGCCUUGGACUUCGCUUCUUCGUCUACUUUUAUGCGAGACGAAGAAGUGGACGAGCAGCAAUUGGAGCUGGGCUUGGGUUCCAAGAGCUCCAGAGAUAUGGCCUUGCGGGUGAGGAACGUGAGGUUCCUGCGAGGCCAGAAGACGCCGCUCAAGCUUUCUUCGCGCGAGAAAGCGAGAAUGCGAGCGAUGCGUGCGAAGCUCAAAGGACUCGUGACGAAGAAAGACAGACACAGGGAGAGAGCCCUGUACUGGCAGGCGGCCCGAAGGCAUCUACAUGGCGCAUCUCGCCUUGGAAUGGCCUUCGAUGCCAGUCGCAUUGGUGGCGAGCAAAUCAGACAAUCAAGUGAUGCAACGAACGACAGCGACAUCGUCUUCAAGACCUACAAAGGGCCGCCGGAGCGUGCUGCUGCCUACGACUCCUUGCUCGCCUUGGACCAUUGCCUUCGCAUCAUGCAUGAUGAUUCCGGCUUGGUCUUCUUCUUGGCCUCAGAAGGUCAGGAUGGUCUUGGCCUUCGGGAGAAGCCCAUUCUCGCUGUCACCUCUGACCACGGGUCAGAGCAGGAAGCUGCGCGAUGGUUUCUUCUUUAUGAGCUUGGCCUUCGCGGGCUCUUCUUGUAUGAUGUGAGGCAUCAGCUGCACAGGGAGUUUCAGAACGCCACCAACCUUGCGGGCAUGCAGGCGAAACUGAAGAUGGCACAAGCCAUACUGUCUUACUGCCGAGGACCCUAUGGCGGUGCCAAAUGGUUUCGCCUUCUCCAAGAGGAGGCCUUGGACUUCGCGAGAACAGUUGCAUGCUCCUCGGACGGAGGUGGUCUUGUCCUUCUGAACGCCGUAGCUCCGCGGGUGGCCAGGGAAAAAAAUCUGAGCCUGGAAGAUUGCACCCCGGAGCUUCUGCUGAAGAUGCUUGAGGAUGCUGAUUUUCUGCGGUCCUACACCGGCAGUGGCAAUUUUUCCCGCUGGGACGAGUUUCAUUCGGCCUGGAGGUCACGCAGGGAGGAGUCCGGUCUCCUGCUUUUGCUGAUGCUGUCAUACUGCCUGCGAGCUGGCAUCUUGAAAGUCUCGUCUUCCAACCUCGACUUCGCCGUCGCACUGGCUGAGGCGGCCGCCGCAUCAGCAACGGCCAAGAAUAAGGAAGGCGAGAGCAAGACGAUGAAAGAAGCCAAGGCACAAACCAGUGCAAUGUACACCAGAUGCAAAAACAAGUUUCACGUCGUUUGCAUGCUACUCAUGGACGGCGACCUCAUGACCGCCCUCAACAGUUGGCAUGCCAUCACUUUUCCGCUCUCCAAGCAACUGAACACGCUGCGAAAGGAGGUCCGAGGCAGGGCAGGCUCCUUGCAGAUGUGGCGUAGCUUCGCCGAAGGGGCGUGGAUCCAAGUCUGCGAGGAAAUGUACGACGCCUGCUUCGACACCGACCUCCACUAUCGCCUUGGUCUGUUGCGUCAUGAGGAUUGUGCUCACUCCAUGCUCUACAACAACUUGAGCGAGGAGCACCCCCUGGUCACUCGACAAGACUCCAUCUUCCGGCAGCUAUGCGAGAUGUUCUUCUGCGCCUGCUACCAAAAGUGCCUCAGCAGCAUGCAGUUCUUCGACUUCCCGCACCAGCUCGUCUUGCUCACAGGCACCGGCGACAAAGAGGCCGCCCAAGACAUGUGCGUGCGACUGGAGGAGCAUGCAAAGGCUUUUGAGUGUGCUCAAGGCAUUAGGACGAAGUGGUGCAAGUCCGCAUGCCAAACCUCGCCUAUGCAGCUCCAGCUGGUCAAAGACGUCUUAAAGGAUGUCCGCUUAAACGGUGGCACUGCUUCAGAUGAGCUGCGGACAAUCAUGACUGACGUCUGGAGCAAUUUGGCCUUCACACUCAACGAAGAAGGCUUCCGGGCGCUCAGGGCACACGAGGAAGGGGAGAACCAAAAGCAUGCAAUGCCCGCCAUCGACGGCUGGAGCAAGUUGUCCAAUGACAACGUCCUUGCCAGCUAUGGCUACAAAGAGAUCCUGCCGGAUGAUGCGGAGGUCACCAUCGACCAAGUGCCUUCGACUUUCUUCCACACUCGAAAGCUUGAUCCAUCGACAGAGAAUCUGCGAUCAAUCAUGAACCGCAGAACGUGGCCUUCGCUUUCGCCUGUGCGUGCAGGAGCCAUGGCUGCUGAAUCAGCACUCAUGGUGCGUUUCUACAAGGAGAACCGGCUGCGUGAUCUGGUGAACACAUGGAGAACCAGGUUCCUCCAACGUGGCCUUGUCCUCAAAGACAAGAACAAGCCGGACGAGGUCGUCUUCAGCCUUGGUCCAUGGCCCACCUGUGCCGCGGCCCUCUGCAUUUCCCUGCGCAAAACCACAGCUGCAGACAAGAGUGUGUGGUACUCCCUGCCAAAGCCCUUGAGCCGCGAGCAUCUGCAAUGGAAGUGCGUGGAGAAGUUUGCGGACUGGGAAGUUGUGCAAACCCAGCUCAUCUCGCCCUUGCACGCAGGUCUGCAGAUGAAGGGCAGCGGCGCCAAAAAGAAAAAUGCACUCGUGGUGCCGGAGCUGCCAGGCAUGUGGCGGGAGAAGACCAAAACUCGUCUUGGCCUUCUUAAGUUUUCGGCUUCCAUGGGCUUCUGGGACAUCAGCAACUUCUACAUCAAGUUGCUGCUCCAGGAUGAGUUCGGGGAAGACGCGGAGACCUUGUCUCCGGAGUCCCUCGGGCUCAACCUGGAGGCUGCGGUGCAGCGGGGCAUGGGCUGCACUGCUGCUGAGACUGCCUGCGUUCUAGAGCGGAACAUCCACUGGCGCUGCCCAUCUGCCAACGAGGAGCUGGACAACAUUCUGGCCUCGGACAUUUUGGAGGAUGUCCUGGGGAAAGAGGACCNNCUUAGGAAAGAUGUGGAUGCUGCGCAGAAGUCCAGAAAGGACCAAGCUCUGGAAGCAGCUGUCAUCACUCGUGCGGACAACUUCAACAAGUGCUGGCGGGUGUACCAGAAGCACCACACGUGGAUUGAAUCAGCCGCCCCUUCAAAUUUCAUUUCGCUGUUUGGGAAGCCGGCGACUGUUCAGCUUGCCCGAUUCGAUGCAAGGUCUAAGACUGUAUCUGUUCGGGGAAAGCAGAUGUUGAAGAGCAUCCUGGUCUUGUCAGCGAUCCGCGUGCCCCAGGUGUUCGGUGAGCAACGGUUGGAAGCAGAGAAUGCGAGUGGGACAUGGCUGUCCUUGGUUCGCAACAGCUUCACUUUCACUCGUUCUAUUCGAGGUUACUUGUUCGCCGUGCAUCUGGAGGCCGAGAAGGAAACUCUGGUGCCAUCGCGCAUCAGCAAGCGAUCCUACAAGCGUGCCAUCGCACGGGUUCCUAAUGCAUCGGCCAAGCAGGCUCGUGUCCGAGGUCUGAGCCAUGAUCUUUAUGUGGAGCUUCUAAAAGCCCUGGAGGCAAUGUCAUCCAGUCCCAUCGUCAUGCUAAUCGCUCUGCAGGAGUGUCGGGUUCUUCAUGUUCGAAUCACCACUAAAUGCUGGGCCCUUGACUGUGUCAAUGUUUACCAGCAGACCAUGCAAUGGCAGCGACACCUCAAGGUGUGGACUGCUCUCGAGAGUACCUUAGCGAAGCUUCCAGUUCGGCACACUCUCCUGCUCCUAGGUGACCAUGCCCCCGCUGGAGCCCGAGCUAAAAUAAAUGCGCCAUGGCAACUGGCCACCAUUGACACCAGUGUCAAGGUAGAAUUGCCAGACAGAGCUGGUAUCAAGGUAGACUUGACGAACUCAACAAGCAUGCCAGUCGACAUGAUGUCCGGUCAUGUCAUCACUCCAGCUGAGCAAGCAGCGCUACUCAAACAGCACUAUGAGGUCACCGAAGAGCACCUAGAGCGUGCAUUAUCGUUGAUGCCUACCCACAAGGCAGUGCCGAUUGGUCUCAGCGAGGUCUCUAAUCGAAUGGUCACAAAAGUCCUGCAGGACCGAUUGCGUCCAUACGUAGGAGCACCCUCGACGCUGCCGCCCGAGUGCAAGCACACUGCCAACACGUCAUACACCUUUGCUCUCCGGACCGGUGGACAGUUCGAGAAGCCCGAGCUGGGCUACCACGGCCCAAACAACAUGCCGGCCCUCGAUGAUGCGGGUGUCCCCAGUGAAUUAAAGGACCACCUCCUUGAGUGGUACCGGAAUAUCCACUAUGACUUUACUAUUCAGGACCACACCGAGUCUGUUGCUGCAAGCAGAGGCCUGAAGCAGGGGUGGGUCUCCCAGCAAGUUACGGCAUAUGCAGACGACUUCCAUGCUGCUGCCACGGCUCAUAACCACCAAGAUUUGCAGACUGCCGAGCGAUUCUUCAGUCAGUUCCUCGAUCUUCUUGUCCAAUCGGGUAUGAUCAUUAAUGCCUCGAAAUCUGCAAUACUGUACCGGUUCAAAGGGGGCUUCGCCAAACGAUGGCUCCGACAGCACAUUGUCCGAGCUGCUUCUUGGGCCUUUCUGCGAAAGUACCGGCAACCAUCCAUGGAGCCCAUGGAGCUCUCAGCACAGGAGAAGAACUUCUUCGGUGGGGUGUGUCCAUCGCUCGUGCCUCCAGUGACCAAACGGGAGCGAGAAGAGGACUCGCCAGAGAUGAAGAAGGCCAGGCUGGAGGAAGCCGUUCGCCCGUGGGUAAAGCAGAAUCCACCCAAGGGCAAAGGGAAGGGCAAAGGCAAGGGCAAAGGGAAGGGAAAAGGAGGGCCGACCUCAUGGCGUACUUCCAGCGGGUGGACUCAGACCGAGGAUCACCAGGAUCGUCGGUGGGGAGGAUCCUGGGGACAGGACGUGGAUCUCCAAGAUCUCCAAGUCACGGUGCAGCGCCUGAGUCAGCUGACGCUGCGCCACGAAUAUGCAUUGGGGAACCUUCGCCAGGACACAAGUAUGUGCUUGUUUGUCAAGCCGGGGGCCGAAGGCUUGAUUCCAAUCCUGUUCUCUGCGUCGGAGAAAUGGAAUCGGACUCAAGAGGAGAAUCCACAGCUCAUCGACUCGUCACUCAGGAUUGUGUUGAUGAAGGCUUUCCUCAUCGAACUCUGCAAUCGACUGGCCAAUACUGCCAAAAGCGAGGAGACGAUGCAGGCAGCCAAAGCCAUGGGUUGGUUGACAGAUCAUGGGGAGUGGAAGACCCUCAAGUGGGAUCCAGUCCUGGAGAAACUGCAGGAGGUGCCGGAUGCACCCACCAAGCCGACGGAGCGACUGAUCCUGGAGGCCAACGAACUCCGGAAGACCAUCAAUGCAGAGAAUCUCUACAGAUUCCAGUCGAUCUACGGGCUUCGCAAAGAUCAUCAGACCUCCUGGGUGAAAUUAGCGAUCGAAGUGUCGCUUCGGAAUCAAGGGGAGCAGGUCUGGGACAUUCUGCAGGGGUGGAUCGGCUCGGCGGCUUUGCAUACCAUGGGAUGUCGACUUCGAAAGGAGAGGGGGGGCCUGUCCUACCAG